CACGAAGAAGAAGAAACAGGUUUUGCCUGAUAAACAAAUUUGGGCUGAGAGGACUUUCGCAGAAAAUAACGAAAGAAGAUCUGAGUAAAAGCUUAGCUCCGGAAGUCCGGGUGCGAUCAUGGGGAAGACACUAUCCCACCUGUCCAAGCAGACGUGCCAUGAGGAGAACCACACCACUCUGACCUCUGGCCACGAGUACAACCGCAUGCCAAGUGAGGACGGCAAGACCGGUGGAGAUGUCUCUCAGUUCCCGUAUGUGGAGUUUACUGGCAGAGACAGUGUCACCUGCCCAACAUGCCAAGGCACUGGCAGAAUCCCACGAGGUCAGGAAAAUCAGCUGGUGGCGUUGAUUCCGUACAGUGACCAGAGACUGAGGCCAAGACGGACAAAGCUAUAUGUAACAGCAUCGGUCAUCGUUUGCCUGCUGCUCUCAAGUUUGGCCGUGUUCUUUCUCUUCCCACGCUCCAUUGAUGUGACCUAUGUAGGGGUGAAGUCAGUUUAUGUAACCUACGACCAGGCUAAACGCAGCGUUUAUCUCAAUAUUACUAACACAUUGAAUAUUACUAACAACAACUACUACUCGGUGGACGUGGCCAACAUCACAGCUCAGGUGCAGUUCUCCAAAACGGUGAUCGGAAAAACACGUGUUAGCAAUAUUACCACCAUCGGCCCUCUCGACAUGAAGCAGAUUGAUUACAUGGUGCCUACCACUAUGGCUGAUGAAAUGAGUUACAUGUAUGACUACUGUACUCUGCAGACUAUCAAGGUGCACAACAUCGUGGUUAUGAUGCAGGUGACUGUCACCACAGUAUAUUUCGGCCAUGCUGAACAGGUCUCCCAGGAGAUGUACCAGUACGUGGACUGUGGCGGAAACACUACAUCGAUGCACGAGUACAAUUUAAGAACUCCUGCCUCAGACUAAUGCUAAAGCUAAAGGGGUACACUGUGUUUAUCUCCCAUCCUUGCAUUCACCAUGUCCAUUAUAUUUGUUCAGAUUGCUUGGUUCCGUUACAUACAUUUGUUUAAUAACCUGAGUGUUUUGAAAUCACGAGUGAUGCACUUUAUUUUCUAAUCAACUAGGGCCUUGCCAUUGUGCAAAUAUGACCACUAAUUAUAUAUAUUAAGACUAUGUAUUUAAUGUCUGACAAAAGCUCUUAAGUUGCAGAUGCUGCUUCACUAAAGUUCAAAUGCUUUUCUGCUUUAAUAUAUAGUCACGAAUGACUGCAUGUUUUUUUGAAAUCUGUUGUAAAGGAUGAGCAGCAUUGUUGCUAUUUACUAAGUAUAGUUAUUUAUUAGAAGUUCAGUUUAUAUCCUGAUGUUCACAUCGGCUGGAUUUCGGCUUGCAGCGGAUAUCGAUGUUCUCUAGGGGGGUGAAAGUUUGCACUUUAGUCUCAAACUGAAACUUUUUUUUUUUUUAAGCUUCCUAAUAGUUUUCCUAUAUUUGCCUCAGUUUUUGUGUUGUCUAAGAUGGAAAUUGAAACAAGUAAAAACACGGAUUAUGAAAAAGGAACAUUAUGUGGGGAAAAAAAGGAACAGAGUAAUUCCCUAGUCUAAGUAAUUUCACUUUUAGUGUUUGGAAUUAUACUCAAACAUUCCAAUGUUAAACCACAUAAUCAUUAAAGAAUAGACUGACUGUAAUAUAUUUAAAUCAUGUUUAGAACGCUAUUUCUAAACCUAAAAGGCUAAUUUUCUUUUUUCCUUUUUUUUUUUAAUCCAGCAUUUGAGUUGAUGAAUUGUCAUUUUAAACAUUGUACAAGAAAUGUGGAUAACAAACUGCUUUUAAAACUUUUAAGCAAUUUUGUAUAAAGGCCUCUAGCACAACCAUGAUUAAUUAACACUAAUUAACUAAGUAUUAAAUUGAAAAUUUGUUAUGUAUCAAGCAUGCAAAGUUUUUUUUUUUUUUUAAAUCAUAAAAAAAAAAAACUAUUCAUGUCGGUUACAUUAAACUGAAUCGGUAAUAAUCACUGAAUUUACUGAACAUUUGUUUCGAAGUUUAUAUGUUUAUCUAGUGAUUUGCGCUUAAGUUAUUUGUGCUUCUCAGCUAAGGAUAAUGAUUUUACCGUCUAAACAAUUAAAAUAGCUUAAAUAUAUAUGGCAGACAAAUAGCCGGAGGUGUCAUACUGUUUAACAGCUAUAUCUGACGGUGUGUAAAGUUUAUAUCUACUACAAUGCUUAAGCUUAGUUUGCAGUUUUAACAAAGAGAUAAUAGGUCUAGAUGCUGAAAGCUUUGUGUAAUAAUAAAAAAAAUGGCUUGUAAAAUAAAAAGUGCACUGAUAGUUUUGGUACAUGUUCAUCUUAAUCAUAUUUUGUUUGAAUAAAGAUCCAAAUCCUC